AUGCCGUUGCACAACAAAAAAGUUGUCAUGUUGGGAGCCAAUGCAAGGACUCAACGAUCUGUAUCAUCUAUACAGGUAAGUUAUGGGGAAUUUUUUAAUUUUGAAGGUUACUCGAAAUAUCGAAUGAAAAAUUCGGUAUUUUUUCUGAAAAUUAAAAAAAAACAUCUGAAAAAAGUUCACUGUUUUUUUAAAAUAUAUCUUUAGAAAUUUUUAGAAAUUUGAUUUUUAUUUGAAAUUUUAUGUAAAAAUGCGUUUCUUGAUUUUUUGAAAUAAGACAUUUUUUGAGUUUUUUUAAACGUGACAUUUCAGAAAAUCACUGAAUUUGCAUUUUUCUUUUUUUUUUCGAUAUUUAGAAAAGUUGUGACGUGACGCAUUGCGUCUUUUUUUAUUUGAAGGUAGCUACAGUCUAGUUUCAGAAUUUCACCUGGCCGAAUACUAUAAAGCGGCUCAAAUUUUAUGACAAAAAUUUUCGGCAUUAUCACUUUUUUUUUUUUGAAAACUUUGCAAAUAAAUUGAAACGCUAAAUCAAAUGAAUAAAAAUUGGACAUUUCGCUGAGCAACAAAAAAAAACUAUAAAAUGUUCAAUUUUAUAGCAGUCCAAAACUUGUCAAUUUCACGAAAACUUCAUUUUCAGUCGGAACAUUUCGAAAUGAUCAUUUUUCUCCCAUUUUUUCGGGCGGGGGAAUGUUUUUUGAGACCUUCACGAAAAAUUGUUCACCAGCAGAAGAUUAGUUUCACAUCAGUCAGUCAAAAAAUACUAGUAAAUAUUCAUGAAGAUGUUUGCGUGACUGGUUUGAUAGAAAAAGAAAAAAGGGGAUCAAAGAAAAAUAAUUCAAUUCUCAUGUUUUUGUUUUCGAAUACAAAAACAUCAAAAAAAUUGAAUCUUUUUCAGCUUCCCGCAGAAUUCAGUCCAAGUGUCUCAAAUGCGCCACACUUCAACUACAACAAAAAUGAUUUUAUUGUGGAUUUGAGAAAUUCGGGAGACGAGAAUGAAGGAAAACGGAAACAUGUGAGUUUGGAACGGGAUUACUAAUGCUUCCGAUUGCAAUUUGCAGAAAAAAAAAUUGAUUUUUGAUUUUCGAGAAAAACAAUUCAAGAUCUUUUCAUCGACUGAAACAGCUCUAAGUAUUUUUAAUAUGAUUUUUUCAUAUGAAUACGAGAAUUUAGAAAUUUUAAAAACAGGUCCGGAUUACUGUACUCGAUUCCUCGGAAUCAAAAAUAAUUGUUUUUUCCUAUGAAACACGUAUCAAUCAAAAACCCAUAGAACAAAACCUGUUAUUAUUUGCCUUUUCCACAUCAUCAUCCUUCACAUUUUCAGCUCAAAGAACUAUUGCAUGAUCGUUGGGAAGGUGCUCGCCAAUUCAAUGCUUUCAAUUAUUCCCUGAAUUGUAUGUACAAAUGUCUCGAUGGUCAAUACGAUCUUUCAAUGCAAUUAAAUAUCGAAAGAGGAGAAUUACGACGAAAACCAAUGCAUUUCAAAAAUAUCAAAGAGCCAUUCAAUCAUCACAAAUUCAAUUUCACAAAACUCAAUGAUCGUGAAAUGUUAUUUUAUUUGAAAUGCGAUGACGAUCCGAUUAGUAAUGAUCCAUUAGAUCGACAUUUGGUAGCUGUAAAUGCUUCUCCAUUGGAAAGAGAUCAUUCGUUGAUUAUCCCAGCUGUUAAUAAAUGUUUUCCCCAAGUUCUCACCCUUCAAGCUGUUCGAAUUGCCACUGAUUUGAUGCUUCUUAUCGAAGAUGACACAUUUCAUAUCUUAUUCAAUAGUUUACUUGGUCAAGCUUCUGUUAAUCAUCUUCAUCUUCAUGCAAUGUAUUGGCCUUAUGAUUCUGAUCUUAUAAAUCGAAAAUGUGAGCCACUUCAUGAUAUUUCCGAUGUUUUUAUAAUUCGACCACCGAUGUGGAUAUGUCCAGCUUUUGUUUUUCAAUUGACGAAAUUUGAAAAUUAUAAUAGGUUCAAGGAAAAUAUUUUCAAAUGUGUUGAAUAUUUGACGGAGACAAAUCAGGCACAUAAUGUAUUCUUCUCAAGAGCCCAACCCAUUCGGUGAGUUGAUUCUCCUCCAGAUUAUUUGAGAAAUAACACAUUUUCCAAAAAAUAAAAUAAUAAGCAAAAAGAUCACGCGAGAAAAUAAUUCAAAGCAAAAUUAAAUUUCUUUCGAUAUUUCAAACCUUUUUCACAGAGAACACAUUUUUUCUUCUCAUAAAAACAUUGCAAUUUUUAGAACUAGCGGCGAAGAUAAAUUAGAAGAUCGUCGUGGCGAAAAACCUCAAUUUGUAACCUGCUAUGUUUUCCCAAGAAUGAAUAUGAUCGGAGCAAAACCACCCUCAAAUUUCAAUCCGGCUGCCAAUGAACUUGCUGGAAAUCUAACAUCCUACACUUAUCGAUUUUUUGAAUCUGCCUCUGAACAAGCAGUCAUUCGAAUUAUCGAAGAAGAGGCAUCACUCGAUGAUGAAAGUUUUCAAACACUAGCCGCUGAUUUGGCUGAUCUUUUGUCCGGUCGGAACAUCGGAGUGUCUCGUCCUUCAGAUUUAAACAAUUUCGAAGGAUUGACAUCGCCGGAAAUUGACGAACUUCGUGAUUCAUUUCAAUCUUUUAUGCCACGUUCGCCUUCAAUCCGACAUCGAACAUCAGCAAGGACACAAUCUGAGCUUUAA